GCGAGCGCGUUGCGUUGCAGACGACACACGUUCGGCGCCAAGUGCGGCGGUUCUUGUGUGUAGUUCAGCUCCGUGCUUUUUGCUCUUGAUUGGUGCGCUUUAGUGGUCGGUGCACUUGUCACCUUGGCACCGAGGCGAGACACCGUGGUUCUGAGGCGAGGAUGCGGCCUCUCGUUCGGAUAUGGAUACUUUGCGUCACAGCCGUAACGAUGCUGUGCUGCUGCCGAUGGGACGGUGGCGGGUGCUGGGCCGCUUCCACAUUGAUUACCGCACGUUCUAGAGGCCCCGCCAGCAGUGGUGGAGCUCGUUCCGGUCUCGUCAGAAGAACGAACGGCCCCGUCUCGUGCCAGAACGAGGUGGUCUCCGAGUGCGUGAGCAAGCUGGACCUGCUGUCGCAGAACAGGAGCCUCGCCUUCGCCACCACCGAGGAGGAGCUGAGGCAGAUCUGCACUCAUCUGACUGGGGCCAUGGACUGCGUGAACGCGUUCACCCAUCGCUGUUUCAACGAAAAGCAGCGCGAAAUCUACAGGCGCCUCACGAGCGGCGCGGCUCAGCUUAUCGAGGACUUCUGCCGGGAGGGUUCCAGGUUCAGGCUCACCUAUCUGAAGCACUCCAUGUGCUACAAAGAACUGCAAGACGACUACAACCAAUGCGCUUCGGUGUACAUGGCUCAGCGGGCCGAACUCCAAGGGCAGGCAAUCAGCGCUCAAGACAAAAUUCGGCAUUCGUGUUGCCAAAUGGACGGCUACAAACAGUGUGCCAAGACGGCUGUACUCCUGCGCUGCGACGUGGAAGCAGCGGAACUGGCGGAAGACAUCAUCGUCAAGGCCGGUGGCUACCUCGUGUCCACACACUGUUCCGGAUACCGCAUAGAUGAGCCCAGCUGCAGCGGCUGUUCCACGAGGGUAGCCAUUGCGUUGCCGGUUAUCCUAGCAGUAGCUGCAUGGCUGCACCUCUUCUCAAGAACAACCUAGCUGCCUGGCAGCUAGGUUGUCCUCCGUCGGUUGGCUGAGGGACAAGUCAAGCUUGCUGCAGUGCGGAUCCUUGCGGACGUCUGCACAGUGAAUGACCGAACUGUGGCCCAAGGCCAGUGUGCACGUAGUGGGGUUGCAUAGUGCUAGCGCUUGCAGUCUUCGGGUCUUGUUGCUUUCGCGAGUUUGUGGAGUUUACGCUUUUACAGUUACCAACAUAAAGCGGAGUGGAAACAAAGGCACAAGCGACUUAGCAACGGCGUGCCACGGCUUCAUUCAUCCUUACGUCGUCCGGAAGCACACACAACCACACCACGCGUUGCCAUGGUGCGUGGGCGGUGAAGCGGCGAACCCCAUCGGAGAGUGCAUCGUAAAAGACAAAAGCGAGCGCGUUCUUCGCAUAGCAAGAGAGUGUCUGGCGCUGGAAGCCUUUCGGCUACUGCUUUGUCGGAGACCGCGUUUGUCACACUUUUCAACAGUCAUCGCACUGAGAUGAGUAGCGCACUGUAGGAGAAACAAAUUAGUGUUCAAAUCGUAAUAGGCGCCAAAUGGCUGAUAGUUUGUAUUGGUCAACAAAAAGUCUUAUAUAAUCGUUCAUUACGAGCAUUGAUGCACAUAGAUGCCUAAGAGAUACCUUCAAAAGAGCGGUGCCAUUAUUACAAAUUUGAUGUGCGCGCCAAAGUCUCUUACAGGACUGAUCACUUCAUUGACCACGUUCUGAUAAAGCAGAUUCUACAGGCUUGAUGAGCAUCAGAGUGUCCAAUGCAUAACAUUUACACAAAGCCCGUCUGAAUACCAUGACUACGUAACUCGUAAAAAGGUCUACAAAAUGAUGAUCAGAUACGACGUACUAGAAUUCCGGUUAGCUGAUCCAGGUGCGGCCAAUGGUACACCCUCAGAAUUCUCAACAUCCUGAAAGUUCAAAACCACGUGAACAUCAUUUUACGCUAAUUAGCAAGCACACCGUAAUCAUGUCAAAUGCUAACUGUAUCGAAUUACUGAAGGAACCGUUCACUAUCUAUAGCUGCUAUUCUGCGCGGCUAAUCGGGGAAAAUGACCGAAGCACAGGCGUCCGUACCUGUCAAACACUCCAACUGUAGUCGUUGAGAACAUUGUGUCAAGUGCUCUGAGGGGAAUAUCGGCCAUGUUUGUUUUUCUCUGUUCUUCGGAAAAGGUUUUAGUACCACAGAACUCAAGCCAACGGCGUGCUGAAAGAAGUCCGUGCCGGAGUUGUAUUCCCAACCCGGAACCACUUCACCGAAGAAAAAUACUGACACUGUGUACAUAUGCCGCUCGGAAUGUCCAUGACCUUUAAGUGCGAUAUGAUGGCCGGAAGAAAAUGAUGUAGGGUGAAGAAUGUGCUCCUCGCUCAUUGAUGUUGAAGAAGUGUAUCAUAUUGUGCUUCUGUCGCGAUGUCAGUCACUGUGUCGAGCACUUGAGCGUACGCGUGUGACUUACUGGGGCUGUGCGCUGUCUGUCAAAAUGUUUUCUCAUCAGUGAGGAAUUAGAUAUAACCAAGUAUGGAGCGCCACCCCAAUGCACGGGAUCGAGGGAGCAGCAAAAUGAGGCCCGAGUUCUUGCCGCGAAACCAAACAAAGAAGUGUACGGCAUGCGCUAAGAUUCGUGUUUCAGCGUAUCAGUUUUGACCGACGCAAGACUGGUAACAAACCGCUGGAACAGCUUUAAAGGGACACUAAAGAGAAAAGUGAUUUUUAACAGCAGAGCUCGAGGUUAGGCCGUGCAAGGUGAACGACAAACUAUCAUCAUUAUUAUCGGCCUCUAAAUUGUAGCACGUUAUCUGCCGGCGCGCACUCUCUUCGUCUUCUUCAUCUUCCUAAGACCUUGCUAAUUAAAGUUAAUUACGGUUAAAUAUAAUCAAGGCCUUGUUAAUUAAGGUAAUGCUAAUUAAUGACAUGCUAAGUAAGGCAAUUCUAAGUAAAACAGUGAUAAUUAAGACCAAUCUAAUUAACAACAUACUAAUUAAUCUUUCACUUCACGCACCGACAACGACACUUCGCAUGCAAUAUAGUUCUACGCUCCACACAGCCAAGCAUUGAAAUGCUUAGCCAAAAUUGCAAAGACUUAGUCGAGCUUGCACAAGCCGACAGGAUCUAGGUGGGCCACAAGCUCCGCUAUUAGUCCAGCCUUGCAACUUGCAAGCUGUCCACAUUUUUUCUCGUAUAAGUAAAUUGUUGAAGAAGAACGGUGAUUUGGGCGAGUUGGUUAAAGUGCAUUUUUAAAUGUGUUUGCAGCGCAAGCACCUAAGUGCUGAAGGAAAGGCGACACAGUGCAAGAACGGAAGACAAAGAGGGACGCACACGACUCACUGUGCCGCCUUUCUUUCAGCACUUGCGUGCUUGCGCUGCAAACUCUUUUAAAAAGUAAAUUUUUCUUUCACGAUACGAAAAACAACGCGCUUGGUGUGAGAAGACGCUUCGUAAGCGAGAAACGUGCGAAAAGAAAAUGCGCGUGGCGACGCCGCCUUGACGUUUGCGCGCCAAUCGCCGCGACGUCACAAAUUUUGGCGGCGUCAAGUAAGGCCAACGUAGUUGCUAAUCGGUUAAAGUGAAGUACAUUCUGUUCUGAGGGAGCCAGAAACUUAACGUACCAAGUUUAAGGAAAUUUAGUUGAGCCAAUGUGGUCAAAAUAGAAAAAAAAAACAACACUAAAAUCCGUGACGUCGCCAUCCGAGAUUUCGGCGGGAAAUUUCAAAGUGAAACUUUCGACAUUGAUUUUCUCAUCUGUUAAUCAACCUAUGGUAGUAAAAUUAACGACACUAGACUUUUCAGAUAUAAUUUAUCAGUCUAAAUUAACUUACUGUUUCCCUUUAGUGUCUUUUUAAAAACAUGAGCGCGCAAUCUGGUGCAGCCAUUUGAAGCACCCAACAUUUCCAGAUUCUUUCCGCACGACGCUUAACAGUGCUUUGAGCAAGAAGUCAGCCAUCUUGCCAUAUACUGACAACGUCAGUUGGCUGUGAAGCCGCUAACGGAAUUUCGCAUGGCGCUUUCCUGGAUGUUCUGUGGAACGCGGCCCAAUUUUCCCUAGUCGCAACGGAGAUGAGGACUCGUAUGGACAUUACGGAGACUGCCCGUUACCAAGAAGCGCCGUGUCACGGCUGCGUUGACCCCGUGUGAAAUGUUGACGAAAAAUAUUAAGGAACACGACGACCACCAUUUGUAGUGUUUCCCAUGAAAGGCUGUAAACAUUUUUUCGUUGCUGUUGUUUAUAAAGUACUGACGUUACGCUGUAGUUCAGCUGCCUGAAGGGUCGGCAUUUGUUGUCUUUGUAAAGAAAUUUUUAUUGUAGAGCUCCAUAUAUACCACGUUUGUUCGUUGACAACUCUCAGCAGUUAAUAAAAACUGGGGAUUUUAGACAAAAUAAUAAUUCUGCGCGUUUGACAUAAUAGUGUAAUAAGCGCAGAUAGCCUUCUUGCUUUAAAAAGUUGAAUAUUCACUUGUUUUAGUACUUACACUACUACGAAAAGGGAAAGUGAGAAAAAAUAAAGAAAAAAAAAACGUCUGUCAGUACUCCCGGAAAUUUGGCUAAGUAGGAUUCCACAGCGUCACAUGCAUACCUUAGCAACAUAUGCGCGUAUAUCACUGCAAAAAAUUCCUUAGUACAAAUAUUCCAGAACAGAAUGCAAAAGUGUGGUCAAGUUUGACCAAGUACACCAAGUAUGAUCUCGCAAUAUAGAAAAUAAACUACAGCAAAUGCAGCGUAGGUAGUUACUUAAAUGACACGACAUUUGCAUAUUCGCAUUCAAUAAUAUCUAUAAACCCGGCAUUCUCUUGCGAUUUUCAAUAAGUGCACUUGCCGUGAAUUCUGUCCAGCCUCUGCCUCCGGAGCUGCAUUUGACUAUAAUAGAAAAACAAUCGCAUCCAGCAGUACAUCCGUCUAUGAAAGAUGACAAUGAAAUGCUAUUUUGUCUGAAAUCCCCAUUGUUUAAUUAUUCGAUGCACACUCCGUACUUAUACGUAGAGAGGCAUCACGAGCCGCUUUGUGCACAACAAUGAGCAUAAUGUGUUACUGUUGUGUUGUUGCCCCUGCACGAAGCAGUAGGUACCACAGUGUUUACAGGGAUGUUAGAAGCUGUCAUUUGAUUUUUUUUUGUUUGCACAAAAGUGGCUGAUAUGUGUUGACCGAGGUGGUAGAUCGGUAGGAGAAUAUGCUGUUACUUUUUUUUUAAUUUAGGAAAUGAAAAUCUUGUUUGUAAAAUAAAGUUCAAGUCAUUGCUU